UGCUCUGAUUGGUUCAAAUUGAAAGUGCGGGUAGAACAAAUUUUUAGAAUAGCGGUCUUUAAUAAACAAAACGAAUUUCGAUAUUAAAAAGAUAUGGAAGACGAAAGCGGUUGGGAUUAUAACGCUCCCCAAUAUGUAGAUUUUACAGGGGCUUUAAUUUCGGAGGAUGACGCAAACGUCGAUGAUUAUUUCGAUUAUGACCAUGAAAAUGGUGUACCAGUCAACAGUAUAACAAAUGACUCGGUUGAUGGAUCCAUUGAUGUUGCAGCAGUAAGCGAUGUUUUCUCCACACCCCAAAGUGAGAUGAGGCAGACCAGGUCUGCGUCUAGAGUGCAACAUCAAGCUGUGUCUGAUGUGGCUAAAGAGGUUGAAAAGAGUGUUACACCACAGCAUCAAGUUGUUAAAGCUGAAAAUAAAAUACACACGCCUAGUCCACGAGUGACUCGUUCAGGAAAAGCUAUCACACCAAAUACUGUUGAGAAACACUAUAAUGCUAUUCAGAAGAAGAAACAAGUACCGAAAAAUAUUUGUACAAAUUUAGAAGAAUGGAGGCAGAAAACAAAUGGUGCUAAAACUACUCAAAAUAGCAAAGAACCUGUUAAAGACAACAAACCUGUGGUGAAAAGACAGCAUAGAUCACUGGAAAGGUCAGAAUCGUUAAGACAAAAGCCAGUGGUUGUAGAUAGAAGUCGAACACCAAACAAACCUCAGGCCAGUAAAUUAGCAAGAAGCAGCUCUUUCUCUACAGUAAAUAAAUCAUGUAAUGAAAAACAGAGGAAUCACUCGCGCGGGCUGUCAGGAGAUCGGGAACCUAAAAGAACGAGAUCUGGAUCUACAAACUCUGAUGUAGAAAAAGCAGUGACUGUUCCAACCACACCAAAUUUCUUAAAACGUAAGCCCGUCAAGAUGCAAGCACAUGCUGCUGUCAAGAAUUCAGAGCAAAUUGAGAUGGAGAAGAUCUCGUACUUCAGACAAGAGCUGGCGAAGAAACGUAAACUUGCGAUGGAGUCUUGUAAAGUGGCUUUAAGUGGGAAAGCACCAGCGUGUGUUGUUCACUCGAAGGAAGUGACAAAACCUGAAGGGUUUACUUUUGAAACUGACUCGAGAAUAAAAACUCAUGCAAUGGAGACAAGACAUGACUGUGAUGGAAAAGAUUUUGCAAGUAGUCUAAGAUCUGACAAAGGGAAACAGACAAGUUCUGCUACAAAGCACACUUUAACAGUAGCUGAGCCAUUUAAACUAUCAACACAAAGGAAAAGGAAACUACCUGACUUGGAGGAGAAGCAGGCUGAGAAAUAUGAGUCCAUGGCGGAAAAACUAGCCCAAUUCACCAAAACACCUGACAGAUUUAGGUCCAAAUCAAAAGGCCCAACUGAACAAAAACGUGGUAGAUCAAAGUCUCCUAAAAUGACUGUGCCAAAAACACCACAGUUUGAGACUCGAACAAGGAGCCGACCAGUUACAGCACCGACCCGAGAAGAUCAGGAGAAAAAAGAAGUGGAAGAUAUGCAGAAGAAUCAGUUCAAAGCUAAACCAUUUAACCCCGAGAUAUUUAAGAACAGCAGUCUGGGUGUAAAGAAGGUGCCAACAAAGCCCCCAACAGUAACUGAAGAGUUUCAUCUCUCGUCAAAGCAUCGCCAUCAUGAUCAUGAAAAAGAGCAGUCAGAAGAGCAGUAUCAUUUUCAUGCUCAACCUCUUAACAAGAAAAUACUUAAAGGAACUGUUGGUGUCAAAGAGGCGAAGAAAUUGCCCUCUACUGUACCAGAAUCACCAGCCUUUGCUUUGAAACAUCGUGCUCGAAUACCGGUUGUAGAGGAGCCAAAGGAUGAGAAGCCUCACUUACGUUACCGACCAGCCCCGCAUGUAGGAAUACCUUUCCAGCCUGAGAGAAAGCAUAAAGCUACCGAACCGGCUCCUUUCGGUUUCGAGGAAAGGGAGAAAAGAAAAGCAGAGGAGAAAAAGAAGAAGAUUGAACAGGCUCUUGAAGAAGAAAAAAGGCAGAGGGAAUUUCAUGCUAAUCCUAUACCAGAUUUAGAGCCCCAUUUACCACCGAAGAGAAAUCGUCCCUUGACGGUGAAACAACCAUUUAACCUCGACACUGAUAAUAGAGGAGCAAGAAAGGCAGAGGAAUGGAGUAAAAAGAUUAAUGAAGAAUUAGAGCACCAGAAGGAGAUGACAAAAUUUAAGGCGAGGAAUCCCACAGUACUGGAACACGACCCAUUUGUACCUCAUAAAGAGAACAAAUAUACAACAGCAGAUAUCAGCGAGUUUGAAUUUAACACCGCCAAACGAACAGUGAAAAGGGAAGCCUUCGAGAUGCACAAGAAGGCGAAACAAGACGAGCUUGACAAUGUACGAAUUCAGGAGCGGCGUAUGAAAGAGGCUGAAGAACGAGCAGAAUUUGAGAGAAUGCGAAAAGAAGCCGUACACAAAGCUAACCCAGUAAAACAGUACAGGCGCAUGGAGAUAAAACGUAGUGAAAAACAGCUGACUGCACCUAUGUCGCCAAAUUUUCAGACAGACACUCGAUUACGAACGAGGGCAAUGCAUGCUGAAAGUUUCAUGUCGUCAUAGUGAAGAUGAAUUGUGAUCAAAAUAUUUUUUAGAAAAAAAAUUAAAAUAGUAUUUAUUUGUUUUAGUUGAAUGGAAGUACAAAAACUUGUUUGGUUUAUUUUUAUAAGUUUUGAGAGCUAAAAAGAGAAGAUUUAUAGAAAAAGAGGAGUAAAACAGCAUUGUUAAUUUUCAUUAAUUGAGUGAAUGGAUUGUCUUAAACAUUUGUAAUACCUUAAAAAGGAUAAAAUACACGAAAAUUUAUGAAAUGUUACAAUUUGACCUACAAUUUGUGUAUGAUGAUGAAUACAGUAUAAUACCUUAUGAAAAACUUCAGGCUCAAGGCCUGCAAGAUUACAAAAGGACUUAAAACUUCUUUUAAAAAUUAAGAUCUUUCAAAUUUAAAUGACAGCUUUUUCAAAUCUUAUCAAUCAAUUUAAUUUCACUAUCAAAUGCUAGUAAAGUAUAUGUAAAUGUAGAUUAAAAUUAGAGAAUACUUUUGACAUUACUCAAUGAUUGACCAAAAGAGAAAAAAAGGCACUCGUAGAGUAAUAAAUGUUUUAGCUAAUCAUUAUUCUGUAUCAUAUAAAUUAAAACAUGGUUUCUAUGGUAUUUCGUUUAUUUAACACCAUGUUUAAUAUGUUUCAUACAACAUAUAAAUGUCAGAAGUAGAUUGGAUAAGUUUUUCAAAUAGAGAACUUAAAAAAAUUACUUUAAUAGUUUUUUGGGGGGAGGGGGGGUAUUUCCUCUCUUUUUCAAUCCUAAUAUCACACAUGAAAGUUUUUUUUUAGGUAUUUCAUAUAAAUGAAUUGUUUUAAGAUCUAAUGAUCAUUGAUAAAUUUGAUUUAAAAUGACAAUUUGAUAGUUCUAUACUAGAUGAAAAAAAAAUUGUUCGACUUAAUACUGCUUUUAUAUGUAAUUAUAUUUUCCGUUUUAUAAAUGUUUUUGCCCAUGUCAUAAUGUUAUCUAGACCAAUACAUACUUUUGUCUUUAAUUGUAAAAAAUUAACUGCUUUUUAUUAUAAAAUCACCCAUUUUAUCUGUAUAUUGUCUUUGUAUAUAUAUUUGAAGAAUUAUUUCCAGCACAAACAGUGAAAAUUCAAGGAAUGAUGAAAUAGUUUAAAUUUUUACUGCAAAUCAAUGCAAAAACAUGAAUUUGGGAAAGUUUUAUUCCAGAUAUUAAAAUAGAGAAAAAUGACCUUAUUCCAUCUGAAGUAAUGUUAAAACAUUUUUGUUCAUCAGUUUUUUUGUGUGUUUUUUUCAUAUUAAAUUUCACUUUAGGCAUACAACAAAAUACAUUAAAACUUUGAAAUUCAAUGAUUUUUUAUCCUUUUCAUAUUAAAACGAAAUUUAAAACUGGUUCCGUGAGAGAGAAAAAAAGUGUAAAAAUAAAAAAAAAUGAAACCAUUGUAUUGCUGCACUUCACUAAGUUGUAGCUACAAGGUAUCUAAAUACCAGAUUUUCCAUUGUCUUGUGAUUCUGUCUGUUAUAAACUUAAGUCUCUUCUCGUUUUUUCUUAGACAUAUUUCUUACUUAUUAUUGAUGUUUUACAUUAUGAGAUAUGGUUUUCUCCAUAUAUCAUGCGAGUGUACUUCAGUAGGAAGAAAACAAAUAUUACUUUUAAGUUAAUUUGCCAUCUGUUUGUUUUUGUUCUUAAAUAGUUAAAAAAAUGUUUAAAAGAUGCUGUGGCAGAGAUCACAUAAAUAUAUUGAUCCAAGUUUUGUCAGAAAACCAGCAGUAGUAAUUAAGCAGGUGUCGGCUACUUUAGCAUGCCAGUGACAUCAUCAUAAAAGUGUCAAACUUAAUGUAAAACAUUGUUUAAAUACUCUCUGUUGUGUGAGGUAAAUUGUUUUUACUUGUAUUUAUUUAUAUUCAAUCGGAAAUUGUGUGAACCUACAAUGGAAGUACGUAAAAACUUGAGUUUUUUUAAGGAACUUUUUUUUGUGCAGUGAUAAAGUUGAAUGGUAACUUGCUAGAAAAAUUAAAUGCCGUUCAUUUUUACAUAUUUUUGAACCUGCCCAUCUUUUCUAUUUAUAUAUAUAUAUAUAUUGCCAGAUUCUUCGAUAAAAUUCAUCAGCAGUUUUUUUGUAACCUCUGACUACCAGUAUGUCCUGUAGAUACCAGUUUGUUUGAUAACAAGUGUCAGUUAUUUUCGAUGUUUUAAUGAUUUUAAUGUAAUUUUAACCUACAAGUAAUGGUCUCAAGUUUCUUUCUUUCCUUCUUUCUUUCUUUCAUAGUCAUUAUCAUGUGCGUCUAUGUAUUACAGUAAGGUUAUGUUUUCUGGUCGCAAACUUGACUUGAACAUGUCAUUUAUCAUU